AUGAUGCGCGUAUUCGCUCUCCUCUUCGCCGCGGCCCACGCGCGCGUCGCGCGGCUCCUCGACGAGACGGGCGACGCCGCCAGCGCCUGCGCCGGCCCCCAGACCUACGGGGAGCUCGUCGACAUGCUCGUCGGCCAGAGCAGCGGCUACGACCCGCUCAUGCGGCCGACGCUCGCGACGACGCCGCGCGGCGAGGCCGCCGCGGCCGACAGGGUCGGCGUGCAGAUCAGGAUCGAUGCGAUUCAAAAGGUCUCCACGUCGCUCAAGUUCAUGGAGCUGCGGGGUGAGAUGGAGGUCUGGUGGAACGACCCGCGCCUGGCCUUCAACGGCACGGCCGACGGCGGCUGCUUCGAUGCCAUGGUCCAGCCCGUGCCCGUGUCGUUGUCCGGCCAGGCGCCCCUGUGGCUGCCCGACGUGCGCCUGACCAACGCGGUGCAGCAGAUCGUGAGGACCGAGGAGCGCAUGUACGGCAUCGCGUGGACGUCGUCCGGGGGCGUCAUCCUUCGCACGUCCUUCGUCACGGCCUUCGACUGCGCCUUCUACCUCGCGCGCCUGCCCUUCGACGAGCACACGUGCGCCGUCGAGGUCGCGUCGUUCGUCAACAACGCGCACGAGGUCGUCAUCGACAACGGCGGCACGCCGGCCUACGACCGCACGGGCGACCUCGACACCGUGGAGUUCUCCGUCGACGACCUCAACGCCCGGCACGACUACCGGUCCCGGGGCCGCCACGCCGCGGAGCAGCCCUACGACUUCCUCGUCAUCGAGGUGAAGCUCCGCCGCAAGGUCAACUACUACCUCACGACGACGAUCAUCCCCAUCGUCGCGCUGCUCCUCGUGUCCUUCUCCGGCUUCUUCAUCGACCGCAAGUCGGCGCCCGCGCGCGUCGCCGCGGCCGUCAUCCCCGUGCUCUCGUGCCUCACGCUGCAGAACGGGCUCUACUCCACGGUGCCGCGGAUCUCGUACCGGUCCGUGCUCACGGACUUUUGCUUCUCGACGCUGCUCUUCCUCUGCCUGAACCCGAUCCAGUACGCCUUCGUGUCCCUGUGCAUGAUCCGCGAGGACAUCGCGAAGCGGCGGCUGAAGAACUUGCGGCGGCUGUGCCUCGAGGCCGAGGAGAACGCGCGGAGGCACCGCGAGUACGAGGCGCUGCGGAACAAGGCGGACAAGAGCGACGAGGAGCGCGCGAAGGAACGCGAGCUCUCGCAGCUCCUCGAGCGCGAGGCGGACCAGGAGCUCCAGCUCGCGGAGGCGAACCAGUCGCUCGCCGUCGUCUUCCAGCAGGAGGACGAGGACGAGGAGGCCGCGGCGGAGUCGGAGGCCGCGGCGGAGUCCGGCGACGCGGCGGGCGACGGCCGCUCCCCCGCGAGGCGCAAGCACUCCAUCUUCGGCAUCGACGUGUCGCCGCCGGCGGCCCUACUCAACAGCUCGGGUACCUUUUAUGAAACGCGUCACCACCACAAGGUGUCGACGUUCUUCAACAUCAAGAAGGAGCGCGAGCGCGUGUCGCUGAAGCGCAAGUCGUCGGUGCUCGAGACGCUCAAGGACGCGCGCCUCGAGGAGGUCGAGGAGGACUUCGCGAACGGCAACGAGAAGACGAUGGCCGACCGCAUCCUGAAGCACCUCUUCAACACGCUGGACCACUCCAAGGACGGCCAGCUCGACCCGGGCGAGAUCCAGUACGCGAUGCGCUACUUCGGCCACUACGUGUCGCGCGCGCAGACCAUGGAGCUCAUCGCGCGCGUCGACAAGGACGGCGACCGCCAACUCGACUACGAGGAGUACCAGCGGCUCAUGUUCAUGAUCGUCACGGACUGGGAGCACGUCCAGCCCCACGAGGACUUCAAGUUCAGCAUGCGGAGCCUGUCGCCCGCGGAGCUCACGGACCACCUCUUCCAGCUCCUCUACCUGCCCCUCUACGGCGUCUGCGUGCCCCUCUUCUUCUACGUCCUCUACUACGGCUUCAACUACUACCCCAAGGAGAAGCCCUGA